UAUCAGAGGUCAGUUACAACCGGACUUCCUUCCAAUAGUUACCUCUUGGGAAGUGCUCCAAUAAAAGUAAACAUGAGAACACUUUUAGUGGUAGGCGUUCUGUGCCUGGCAGCUAUUUGCGCUGCAGAUGAGGCUGAUGACCUCGCAGUGGCUGCAAGCGGUCACCACCACGAGAGCGGUGGCGGCCAUGAUCACCAUGCGCAUCACCAUCAUGACCAUGGCGGCAAGGGCGGUAAAGGGCACAAAGGACACCACCAUCACCACAAAGGCGACCACGGACACUAUGGCAAGCAUCAUCAUGAUGGACAUCAUCACGAGCAUGGAGGCGGCCACAAGAAGCACUGGGAUGAACACGAUGACCAUGGUGAACACCAUGAACACGGCCAUCAUCACAAAGGCGGCAAGCACGGCCACCACGAACAUCAUGACAAGGGUGAACACAUCGACGGCUACCACAAGAAGUACCAUAAGGAUCACUUCCACAAGGACCAUCACUUCCAUGACGGCCAUCACGACGAAGGCAAACAUCACAAGCACGAUCAUCACCAUAAGCACCAUGAGGAACAUGGCGGCGGCCACAAAAAGGGAGGUCAUGGACACCACGGACAUCAUGAAGAUCAUUAUGGCAAGCACGGACACCACGACAAGCACCACUACGAUGAGGGCCACCACGACCACAAAGGACACCACGGACACGAGGGCCACCAUCAUCAUCACGGCGGUCACGGCAAGAAGGGCGGUCAUGAGGGCCAUAAAGACUGGGGAUUCCACCAUGGCAAACAUUAAAGUAUAUUGUACCAAUUAUUUUUACCACUUCUUAUCUUUAAGAAUGGAAAUUGUUAUUGUUUUUUUUCAUACUUUUAUACGAAUUAAAUAAUUUUCUUUGA